GGAUUCAGCCAUGGAGAGCUCAGCCGAGCAGCGUGUCAGGGGUUACGGCUUUUUUCCUUUUGCGUGACAGCAAAGUUGAAAGUUGCAAGAUUCCAGUCAAACAAUUGCCCUUGCUUGGGUAAAUAUCACCAAAGGGAACAAAUGUGAGUUACAAAGCAGCCUCUAGAAGUGUCGUCUAGUGACAAUGAAGGCGCCUUUGUCCUUUCUGGAGCGAUGCUGACCUCUGUUUCCUGGACCCAUUCUGACUCAGAGCCAGCAGCCAUGAGUCACUGUCAUCCCAUGCAGAUGUGUGCCAUGCAGCUCCCUUGAGCAGAAAGGGGCUCCGAUGAGCUCCAUGCUUUCCUGUGUAUGCCAUGGACCUAUCUAGUUUUGAGGAGCCUUCACGUAAAUGGGUCCAGUCAUGCCUGCCAGUAAGAAGCCCAAGAGCUCAGGAAUCAGUGUGUCCAGUGGACUGAGUCAGGGUUACCGGGGCAGUGGUUUCCCCAAGGCCCUCCAGGAGGAUGAUGACCUUGACUUCCCUCUGCCCGACAUCAGAUUAGAAGAGGGGACCAUGGAAGAUGAAGAGCUGACCAACCUGAACUGGCUGCACGAGAGCAAGAACUUGCUGAAGAGCUUUGGGGAGUCGGUCCUCAGGAGUGUCAGUCCCGUCCAGGACCUGGACGAUGACACCCCGCCGUCCCCUGCUCACUCGGACGUGCCCUACGAUGCCAGGCAGAACCCCAACUGCAAGCCCCCCUACUCCUUUAGUUGCCUCAUAUUUAUGGCCAUCGAGGACUCCCCAAGCAAGCGGCUGCCGGUGAAGGAUAUCUACAACUGGAUCUUAGAGCAUUUCCCGUAUUUUGCGAAUGCACCUACUGGGUGGAAAAACUCAGUGAGACAUAAUUUGUCAUUGAAUAAGUGUUUCAAGAAAGUGGACAAAGAGAGGAGUCAGAGUAUUGGGAAAGGGUCAUUGUGGUGCAUAGACCCGGAGUAUAGACAAAAUCUAAUUCAGGCUUUGAAAAAGACACCUUACCACCCACCUCCUACUGCUCAGGCUUAUCAAAGCACAUCAGGUCCACCCAUCUGGCCGGGCAGUACCUUCUUCAAGAGAAAUGGAGCCCUUCUUCAAGAUCCUGACAUUGAUGCUGCCAGUGCCAUGAUGCUUUUGAAUUCUCCCCCUGAGAUACAAGCAGGUUUUUCUCCAGGAGUGAUACAGAACGGAGCCAGAGUCCUGAGCCGAGGGCUGUUUCCUGGUGUCCGCCCAUUGCCGAUCACUCCCCUGGGGAUGACGGCAGCCAUAAGGAAUAGCAUCACCAGUUGCCGGAUGCGGACUGAGAGUGAGCCACCGCCGUGUGGCUCCCCAGUGGUCAGUGGCGAUCCCAAGGAGGACCACAACUACAGUAGUGCCAAGUCCUCCAAUGCUCGAAGCACCUCUCCCACCAGCGACUCCAUCUCCUCCUCCUCCUCCUCAGCCGACGACCACUAUGAGUUUGCCACAAAGGGGAGCCAGGAGGGUAGUGAGGGAAGCUUCCAGAGCCAUGAGAGCCACAGUGAGACAGAAGAGGAUGACAGGAAAUCCAGCCAGAAGGAAGCCAAGGAUGCCAUGGGGGACAGCGGGUACGCAUCCCAGCACAAGAAGCGUCAGCACUUCGCCAAGGCCAGGAAAGUCCCCAGCGACACACUGCCCCUCAAAAAGAGACGCACAGAAAAGCCCCCUGAGAGCGACGAUGAGGAGAUGAAAGAGGCUGCCGGUUCACUCCUGCACUUGGCAGGAAUUAGGUCCUGUUUGAAUAACAUCACCAAUCGGACGGCGAAGGGGCAGAAAGAGCAAAAGGAAACCACGAAAAAUUGAAACAAGUCUCUGAUUUGUUUUGAACUUAUGGCCAUUUGGUUUCAGCAUGUCAGGAGAUUUCUAAUGAUUUGUGGCAAUAUCAGCAAUUUUUUUUUCUUUUUCUUUUUUUCCUUUUGUUGGUUUGGUUUCCUUUUC